GGGGGCCGCGGGGUUUGCCGGGACGGGUCCAAUAUGGACGGCCGCUUCGGUUCCGCUUCUACCCGCGGCCCAGAGCCCCAUUCAUUGCCCGGGUGCUGAGCAGCGCCGCGAGCCGGCCCGAGGCCUUCGGGGACUGCCCUGCCGGGGGAGAGACCGCCAUGGCGACCCUGGAAAAGCUGAUGAAGGCCUUUGAGUCCCUCAAGUCCUUCCAGCAGCAGCAGCAGCAGCAGCAGCAGCAACAGCCGCCGCCACCGCCGCCGCCGCCGCCGCCGCCGCCUCCUCAGCUUCCUCAGCCGCCGCCGCAGGCACAGCCUCUGCUGCCUCAGCCGCAGCCGCCCCCGCCGCCGCUCCCACCGCCGCCCGGCCCGGCUGUGGCUGAGGAGCCGCUGCACCGACCAAAGAAAGAACUUUCAGCCACCAAGAAAGACCGUGUGAAUCAUUGUCUGACAAUAUGUGAAAACAUAGUGGCCCAGUCUGUCAGAAAUUCUCCAGAAUUUCAGAAACUUCUGGGCAUCGCUAUGGAACUUUUUCUGCUGUGCAGUGAUGACGCAGAGUCAGAUGUCAGGAUGGUGGCUGAUGAAUGCCUCAACAAAGUUAUCAAAGCUUUGAUGGAUUCUAAUCUUCCAAGGUUACAGCUCGAGCUCUACAAGGAGAUUAAAAAGAAUGGUGCCCCUCGGAGUUUGCGUGCUGCCCUGUGGAGGUUUGCUGAGCUGGCUCACUUGGUUCGGCCUCAGAAAUGCAGGCCUUAUCUGGUGAACCUUCUGCCGUGCCUGACUCGAACAAGCAAGAGACCCGAGGAAUCAGUCCAGGAGACCUUGGCUGCAGCUGUUCCCAAAAUUAUGGCUGCUUUCGGCAAUUUUGCAAAUGACAAUGAAAUUAAGGUUUUGUUAAAGGCUUUCAUAGCGAACCUGAAGUCAAGCUCCCCUACCAUUCGGCGGACAGCAGCUGGGUCAGCAGUGAGCGUCUGCCAGCACUCAAGAAGGACACAGUAUUUCUACAGCUGGCUGCUAAAUGUGCUCUUAGGCUUACUGGUUCCUGUCGAGGAUGAACACUCCACCCUGCUGAUUCUUGGCGUGCUGCUCACCCUGAGGUAUUUGGUGCCCUUGCUGCAGCAGCAGGUCAAGGACACAAGCCUGAAAGGCAGCUUUGGGGUGACACGGAAAGAAAUGGAAGUCUCUCCCUCUGCAGAGCAGCUCGUCCAGGUUUAUGAACUAACGUUACAUCAUACACAGCACCAAGACCACAAUGUUGUGACCGGAGCCCUGGAGCUGUUGCAGCAGCUCUUCAGAACACCUCCACCCGAGCUUCUGCAAGCCCUGACCACCACGGGGGGCAUCAGGCAGCUCACCGAGGCUAAGGAUGAGUCUGGUGGCCGAAGCCGUAGUGGGAGUAUAGUGGAACUUAUAGCUGGAGGGGGUUCCUCAUGCAGCCCUGUCCUUUCAAGAAAACAAAAAGGCAAAGUGCUCUUAGGAGAAGAAGAAGCCUUGGACGAUGACUCUGAAUCGAGGUCGGACGUCAGCAGCUCCGCCUUUGCAGCCUCAGUGAAGGAUGAGAUCAGUGGAGAGCUGACUGCUUCUUCAGGGGUUUCCACUCCAGGGUCGGCAGGUCAUGACAUCAUCACAGAGCAGCCACGGUCACAACACACGCUGCAGGCAGACUCGGUGGAUCUGGCUGGCUGUGACUUGACAAGCUCCGCCACUGAUGGGGAUGAAGAAGAUAUCUUGAGCCACAGCUCCAGCCAGGUCAGUGCUGUCCCGUCUGACCCUGCCAUGGACCUGAAUGACGGGACCCAGGCCUCCUCGCCCAUCAGCGACAGCUCCCAGACCACCACAGAAGGGCCUGAUUCAGCUGUCACCCCUUCAGACAGUUCUGAAAUUAUUGGACAGCCCCAGGAUGAAGAUGAGGAUGCCACAGGUGUUCUUCCUGAUGAAGCCUCAGAGGCCUUCAGGAACUCUUCCAUGGCCCUUCAACAAGCACAUUUAUUGAAAAACAUGAGUCACAGCAGGCAGCCUUCUGACAGCAGUGUUGAUAAAUUUGUGUCAAGAGAUGAAGCUACUGAAUCGGGUGAUCAAGAAAACAAGCCUUGCCGCAUCAAAGGUGACAUCGGUCAGUCCACCGAUGAUGAUUCUGCACCUCUUGUCCAUUGUGUCCGCCUUUUAUCUGCUUCGUUUUUGCUAACGGGGGGAAAAAAUGUGCUGGUUCCGGACAGGGAUGUGAGGGUCAGCGUGAAGGCCCUGGCCCUCAGCUGUGUGGGAGCGGCUGUGGCCCUUCACCCGGAGUCUUUCUUCAGCAAACUCUAUAAAGUUCCUCUUGACACCACGGAAUACCCUGAGGAACAGUAUGUCUCAGACAUCUUGAACUACAUUGAUCACGGAGACCCACAGGUCCGAGGAGCCACUGCCAUUCUCUGUGGGACCCUCAUCUGCUCCAUCCUCAGCAGAUCCCGCUUCCAUGUGGGAGAUUGGAUGGGCACCAUUAGAACCCUGACAGGAAAUACAUUUUCUUUGGCGGAUUGCAUUCCUUUGCUGCGGAAAACAUUGAAGGAUGAGUCUUCUGUUACUUGCAAGUUGGCUUGUACAGCUGUGAGGCAUUGUGUCAUGAGUCUCUGCAGCAGCAGCUACAGUGAGUUAGGACUGCAGCUGAUCAUCGACGUGCUGACGCUGAGGAACAGUUCCUACUGGCUGGUGAGGACAGAGCUUCUGGAAACCCUUGCUGAGAUCGACUUCAGGCUGGUGAGCUUUUUGGAGGCAAAAGCAGAAAACUUACACAGAGGGGCUCAUCAUUAUACAGGGCUUUUAAAACUGCAAGAACGAGUGCUCAAUAAUGUUGUCAUCCAUUUGCUUGGGGAUGAAGACCCCAGGGUGCGACAUGUUGCCGCAGCAUCAUUAAUUAGGCUCGUCCCAAAACUGUUUUAUAAAUGUGACCAAGGACAAGCUGAUCCAGUAGUGGCCGUGGCAAGAGAUCAAAGCAGUGUUUACCUGAAACUUCUCAUGCAUGAGACGCAGCCUCCAUCUCAUUUCUCCGUCAGCACAAUAACCAGAAUAUAUAGAGGCUAUAACCUACUACCAAGUAUAACAGAUGUCACUAUGGAAAAUAACCUUUCAAGAGUUAUUGCGGCGGUUUCUCAUGAACUAAUCACAUCAACCACGAGAGCACUCACAUUUGGGUGCUGCGAAGCUCUGUGUCUCCUUUCUACUGCCUUCCCGGUUUGCAUUUGGAGUUUAGGCUGGCACUGUGGAGUGCCCCCACUGAGUGCCUCAGAUGAGUGUAGGAAGAGCUGUACCAUUGGGAUGGCCACGAUGAUUCUGACCCUGCUCUCAUCAGCUUGGUUCCCAUUGGAUCUCUCAGCCCAUCAAGAUGCUUUGAUUUUGGCCGGAAACUUGCUUGCAGCCAGUGCUCCCAAAUCUCUGAGAAGUUCAUGGACCUCUGAAGAAGAAGCCAACCCAGCAGCCACCAAGCAAGAGGAGGUCUGGCCAGCCCUGGGGGACCGGGCCCUGGUGCCCAUGGUGGAGCAGCUCUUCUCUCACCUGCUGAAGGUGAUUAACAUUUGUGCUCACGUCCUGGACGACGUGGCUCCUGGACCUGCAAUAAAGGCAGCCUUGCCUUCUCUAACAAACCCCCCUUCUCUAAGUCCCAUCCGACGAAAGGGGAAGGAGAAAGAACCAGCAGAACAAGCAUCUGUACCACUGAGUCCCAAGAAAGGCAGUGAGGCCAGUGCAGCCUCUAGACAGUCUGAUACUUCGGGGCCUGUUACAACAAGUAAAUCCUCAUCACUGGGGAGUUUCUAUCACCUUCCUUCAUACCUCAAACUGCAUGAUGUCCUGAAAGCUACGCACGCUAACUACAAGGUCACUUUGGAUCUUCAGAGCAGCACGGAAAAGUUUGGGGGGUUUCUCCGCUCAGCCUUGGACGUUCUCUCUCAGAUUCUAGAGCUGGCAACACUGCAGGACAUCGGGAAGUGUGUUGAAGAGAUCCUAGGGUACCUGAAAUCCUGCUUUAGUAGAGAACCAAUGAUGGCAACUGUUUGUGUUCAACAAUUAUUGAAGACCCUGUUUGGGACAAACUUGGCCUCCCAGUUUGACGGCUUAUCUUCCAACCCCAGCAAGUCACAAGGCCGAGUACAGCGCCUUGGCUCCUCCAGUGUGAGGCCAGGCUUGUACCACUACUGCUUCAUGGCCCCGUACACCCACUUCACCCAGGCCCUCGCUGACGCCAGCCUGAGGAACAUGGUGCAGGCGGAGCAGGAGCACGACACCUCGGGAUGGUUUGAUGUCCUCCAGAAAGUGUCUACCCAGUUGAAGACAAACCUCACAAGUGUCACAAAGAACCGUGCAGAUAAGAAUGCUAUUCAUAAUCACAUUCGUUUAUUUGAGCCUCUUGUUAUAAAAGCUUUAAAACAGUACACAACAACAACGUCUGUGCAGUUACAGAAGCAGGUUUUAGAUUUGCUGGCGCAGCUGGUUCAGUUACGGGUUAAUUAUUGCCUUCUGGAUUCAGAUCAGGUGUUCAUUGGCUUUGUGUUGAAACAGUUUGAAUACAUUGAAGUGGGUCAGUUCAGGGAAUCAGAGGCAAUCAUUCCAAACAUCUUUUUCUUCUUGGUAUUACUGUCUUAUGAACGCUAUCAUUCGAAGCAGAUCAUUGGAAUUCCUAAGAUCAUUCAGCUCUGUGAUGGCAUCAUGGCCAGCGGAAGGAAGGCUGUGACACACGCCAUACCGGCCCUGCAGCCCAUAGUCCAUGACCUCUUUGUAUUAAGAGGAACAAAUAAAGCCGAUGCGGGGAAAGAGCUUGAAACCCAAAAAGAGGUGGUGGUGUCAAUGUUACUGAGACUCAUCCAGUACCAUCAGGUGUUGGAGAUGUUCAUUCUUGUCCUGCAGCAGUGCCACAAGGAGAAUGAAGACAAGUGGAAACGACUGUCUCGACAGAUAGCUGACAUCAUCCUCCCAAUGUUAGCCAAACAGCAGAUGCACAUUGACUCUCAUGAAGCCCUUGGAGUGUUAAAUACUUUAUUUGAGAUUUUGGCCCCUUCCUCUCUCCGUCCAGUGGACAUGCUUUUACGGAGUAUGUUUGUCACUCCAAACACAAUGGCAUCUGUGAGCACCGUUCAACUGUGGAUAUCGGGAAUCCUAGCCAUUUUGAGGGUUCUGAUUUCCCAGUCAACUGAAGAUAUUGUUCUUUCCCGUAUUCAGGAGCUCUCCUUCUCUCCAUAUUUAAUCUCCUGUCCAGUAAUUAAUAGGUUAAGAGAUGGGGACAGUAAUUCAACACUAGAAGAACACAGUGAAGGGAAACAAAUAAAGAAUUUGCCAGAAGAAACAUUUUCAAGGUUUCUCUUACAACUGGUUGGUAUUCUUUUAGAGGACAUUGUUACAAAGCAGCUGAAGGUGGAAAUGAGUGAACAACAACACACUUUCUAUUGCCAAGAACUAGGCACGCUGCUCAUGUGUCUGAUCCACAUCUUCAAGUCUGGAAUGUUCCGGAGAAUCACAGCAGCUGCCACUAGACUGUUCCGCAGUGAUGGCUGUGGUGGCAGUUUCUACACCCUGGAGAGCUUGAACUUACAGGCGCGUUCCAUGAUCACCACCCACCCGACCCUGGUGCUGCUCUGGUGUCAGAUCCUGCUGCUUGUCAACCACACCGACUACCGCUGGUGGGCAGAAGUGCAGCAGACCCCAAAAAGACACAGUCUGUCCAGCACGAAGUUACUUAGUCCUCAGAUGUCUGGAGAAGAGGAGGAUUCUGACUUGGCAGCCAAACUUGGAAUGUGCAAUAGAGAAAUAGUACGAAGAGGGGCUCUCAUUCUCUUCUGUGAUUAUGUCUGUCAGAACCUCCAUGACUCUGAGCACUUAACGUGGCUCAUCGUAAAUCACAUUCAAGAUCUGAUCAGCCUUUCCCACGAGCCCCCAGUCCAGGACUUCAUCAGUGCCGUUCAUCGGAACUCUGCUGCCAGCGGCCUGUUCAUCCAGGCAAUUCAGUCUCGUUGUGAAAACCUUUCAGCUCCAACCACUCUAAAGAAAACGCUUCAGUGCCUGGAAGGGAUCCAUCUCAGCCAGUCGGGAGCUGUGCUCACGCUGUAUGUGGAUAGGCUUCUGUGCACCCCUUUCCGUGUGCUGGCUCGCAUGGUCGACAUCCUUGCUUGUCGCCGGGUAGAAAUGCUUCUGGCUGCAAAUUUACAGAGCAGCAUGGCCCAGUUGCCAAUGGAAGAACUCAACAGAAUCCAGGAAUACCUUCAGAGCAGCGGGCUUGCUCAGAGACACCAAAGGCUCUAUUCCCUGCUGGACAGGUUUCGUCUCUCCACAACGCAAGACUCACUCAGUCCCUCUCCUCCAGUCUCUUCCCACCCGCUGGACGGGGAUGGGCACGUGUCACUGGAAACAGUGAGUCCAGACAAAGACUGGUACAUCCAUCUUGUCAAAUCCCAGUGUUGGACCAGGUCAGACUCUGCACUGCUGGAAGGUGCAGAGUUGGUGAAUCGGAUUCCUGCUGAAGAUAUGAGUGCCUUCAUGAUGAACUCGGAGUUCAACAUAAGCCUAUUAGCUCCAUGCUUAAGCCUAGGGAUGAGUGAAAUUUCCAGUGGCCAGAAGAGUCCCCUUUUUGAAGCAGCCCGUGAGGUGACUCUGGCCCGCGUGAGCAGCACCGCACAGCAGCUCCCUGCUGUCCAUCACGUCUUCCAGCCCCACCUGCCUGCAGAGCCGGCCGCCUACUGGAGCAAGCUGAACGAUCUGUUUGGGGAUGCUGCGCCAUAUCAGUCCCUGACUACUCUGGCCCGGGCCCUGGCACAGUACCUGGUGGUGGUCUCCAAACUGCCCACUCACUUGUACCUUCCUCCUGAGAAAGAGAAGGACACCGUGAAAUUUGUGGUGGCAACCCUCGAGGCCCUGUCCUGGCAUUUGAUCCAUGAGCAGAUCCCGCUGAGUCUGGAUCUCCAGGCAGGGCUGGACUGCUGCUGCCUGGCCCUGCAGCUGCCCGGCCUCUGGAGUGUGAUUUCCUCCACGGAGUUUGUGACCCAUGCCUGCUCCCUUAUCCACUGCGUGCACUUCAUCCUGGAGGCCGUUGCAGUGCAGCCUGGAGAGCAGCUUCUUAGUCCAGAAAGAAGGAUGAAUACCCCAAAAGCCAUCAGAGAGGAGGAGGAAGUAGAUGCAAACACACAGAAUCCUACGUACGUCACUGCAGCCUGUGAGAUGGUGGCAGAAAUGGUGGAGUCUCUGCAGUCGGUGUUGGCCUUGGGCCAUAAAAGGAACAGCAGCGUGCCGGCGUUUCUCACGUCAGUGCUCAGGAACAUCAUCGUCAGCCUGGCCCGCCUGCCCCUUGUCAACAGCUACACGCGUGUGCCCCCACUGGUGUGGAAGCUUGGAUGGUCGCCCAAACCAGGAGGGGAGUUUGGCACAGCAUUCCCUGAGAUCCCUGUGGAGUUUCUCCAGGAAAAGGAAGUCUUUAAGGAGUUCAUCUACCGCAUCAACACGCUAGGCUGGACCAGUCGUACUCAGUUUGAAGAAACUUGGGCCACUCUUCUUGGUGUCCUGGUGACCCAGCCCCUCGUGAUGGAGCAGGAGGAGAGCCCACCAGAAGAAGACACAGAGAGGACCCAGAUUAACGUCCUGGCUGUGCAGGCCAUUACCUCACUGGUGCUCAGUGCAAUGACCGUGCCUGUGGCUGGCAACCCAGCUGUGAGCUGCUUGGAGCAGCAGCCCCGGAACAAGCCUCUGAAAGCUCUCGACACCAGGUUUGGGAGGAAGCUGAGCAUUAUCAGAGGGAUUGUAGAGCAAGAGAUUCAAGCAAUGGUUUCAAAGAGAGAAAACAUUGCCACCCAUCAUUUAUACCAGGCCUGGGAUCCUGUCCCUUCUCUGUCUCCAGCUACUACAGGUGCCCUCAUCAGCCACGAGAAGCUGCUGCUGCAGAUGAACCCUGAGCGGGAGCUGGGGAGCGUGAGCUACAAACUGGGCCAGGUUUCCAUACACUCUGUGUGGCUGGGGAACAGCAUCACACCCCUGAGGGAGGAGGAAUGGGGCGAGGAGGAGGAGGAGGAGGCCGACACCCCCGCACCUUCAUCACCGCCCACGUCUCCAGUCAACUCCAGGAAGCACCGGGCCGGAGUUGACAUCCACUCCUGUUCACAGUUUUUGCUCGAGUUGUACAGUCGCUGGAUCCUGCCGUCCAGCUCAGCCAGGAGGACCCCAGCCAUCCUGAUCAGCGAGGUGGUUCGAUCCCUUCUGGUGGUCUCAGACUUGUUCACUGAGCGCAGCCAGUUUGAGCUGAUGUAUGUGACGCUGACAGAGCUGCGGAGGGUGCACCCUUCAGAAGAUGAGAUCCUCGCUCAGUACCUGGUGCCCGCCACCUGCAAGGCAGCUGCCGUCCUUGGGAUGGACAAGGCCGUGGCGGAGCCCGUCAGCCGCCUACUGGAGAGCACACUCAGAAGCAGCCACCUGCCCAGCAGGGUCGGAGCCCUGCACGGCAUCCUCUAUGUGCUGGAAUGCGACCUGCUAGACGACACUGCUAAGCAGCUCAUCCCGGUCAUCAGCGACUAUCUCCUCUCCAGCCUCAAAGGACUCGCCCACUGCGUGAACACGCACAGCCAGCAGCACGUACUGGUCAUGUGUGCCACUGCGUUUUACCUGAUUGAGAACUAUCCUCUGGACGUGGGGCCAGAAUUUUCAGCGUCAAUAAUACAGAUGUGUGGGGUGAUGCUGUCUGGAAGUGAGGAGUCCACCCCCUCCAUCAUUUACCACUGCGCCCUCCGAGGCCUGGAGCGCCUCCUGCUCUCCGAGCAGCUCUCCCGCCUGGAUGCAGAAUCCCUGGUCAAGCUGAGUGUGGACAGAGUGAACGUGCAUAGCCCGCACCGGGCUAUGGCGGCCCUGGGCCUGAUGCUCACCUGCAUGUACACAGGGAAGGAGAAGAUCAGUCCUGGCAGAACCUCAGACCCUAAUCCUGCAGCCCCAGACAGCGAGUCGGUGAUUGUUGCUAUGGAAAGGGUAUCUGUUCUUUUUGAUAGGAUCAGGAAAGGCUUUCCCUGUGAAGCCAGAGUGGUGGCGAGGAUCCUGCCCCAGUUUCUAGACGACUUCUUCCCACCCCAGGACAUCAUGAACAAAGUCAUUGGAGAGUUUCUGUCUAACCAGCAGCCGUACCCCCAGUUCAUGGCCACCGUGGUGUACAAGGUGUUUCAGACUCUCCACAGCACUGGGCAGUCGUCCAUGGUCCGGGACUGGGUCAUGCUGUCCCUCUCCAACUUCACGCAGAGGACCCCGGUCGCCAUGGCCACAUGGAGCCUCUCCUGCUUCUUUGUCAGCGCGUCCACCAGCCCGUGGGUUGCGGCGAUCCUCCCACACGUCAUCAGCAGGAUGGGCAAGCUGGAGCAGGUGGACGUGAACCUCUUCUGCCUGGUCGCCACAGAUUUUUACAGACACCAGAUAGAGGAGGAGCUCGACCGCAGGGCCUUCCAGUCUGUGUUCGAGAUGGUUGCAGCUCCAGGAAGCCCCUACCACCGGCUGCUGACUUGUUUGCGAAAUGUCCAUAAGGUCUCCACCUGCUGAGCGCCAUGGUGGGAGAGACUGAGGCGGCAGCUGGGGCCGGAGCUUCUGGAAGUCUGCACGCGGCACCCUGCCUCCACCGGGCUGGCUCGGUCCCUGUGGGCUUCCGCACCUGCCGCAGGCAGCCAGGCAACGCGCGUGUCUCUGCCACGUGGCAGAAGUGCUCUUCGUGGCAUAGUGGCCAGGCAGGGAGUGUCUGCAGUCCUGGGGGCGCUGAGCCUGAGGCCUUCCAGAGUGCAGGAGCGGCUGUGCCACACGCCACGUGGGUGACCAGACGGUGUCCCUUCUCCUCACACUCACCUGUUGGUGCCAGGUUGCAGCUGCUCUUGCAUCUGGGCCAAAGUACCCGCCUCCUGCAGGCUGGCUGUUGGCCCCCUGCUGUCCUGCGGUAGAAGGAGCCACAAGCAGGCUCUGGGAACGCGGGCCUGCUCUCCCCGCCGGGGUGUGCAUGUCAUGCCCGGUGUCUGGAUGCACAGAUGCCAUGCGUGUGCUGGGCCAGUGGCUGGGGGCGCUAGACACCCAGCGCCAUUCUCCCUUCUUUCUUCUCAGGAUUUAAAAUUCAAUUAUAUCAGUAAAGAGAUUAAUUUUAACGUAACUCUUUCUAUGCCCGUGUAAAGUAUGUGAAUUACAAGCCCGUGCUGCAUGCGACAAGGUCUCUGGAGGUGGGCAGGGCCCCUUGGCCACGCUCCCUCUCCUGUAGCCACUGGCAUAGCCCUCCUGAGCACCUGCUGACAUUUCCGUUGUACACAUGUCCGUUUAUGCAUUCACAAGGUGACUGGGAUGUAGAGAGGCUUUCUUGUGCAGGUGGCCACAGCAGGACUGAGGACGGGCGCCACUGUCCUAGGAGCAUGUGUGCCUGGAGCCCCUCCUCCUUGGGCACAGAUGACUGAAUUCUCCACCUACCAGUGAAGGACAGCAGCCUCCCUGUCCCUCGGCUGGCAAGGCCAGCCCUCCCUGGCUGUGAGCAGCCUCCGCUGUGUCUGGAGACAUGGGCCUCCCACUCUUGUUCCUUGCUAGCCCUGGGGUGGGAUCUGCCACUCCAUGGACGCAUGCUCCAAGAGUGUCACUCAGCUAUGUUUUGUCUGAGCCCCUCUUGGUCAAGAGCAAAGCUUGGUGUCUUGGCACUGUUAGUGACAGAGCCCGGCAGCCCUUCUGCCCCUGUUUCAGCUGACAUCUUGUGCUGGGCCCCUUUUAGUCAGGAGAGGGCAGAUCUGUGCUUACUGGAGACCCCUCCACGACACAGUCAGAGCCACCACUCCUGUCCCCAGGCCAGGUCCCUGGACCGGCCUCCUGUCUACAGGCCCAGAGGAGCCCAGCCAUUAAAGCGCAAGUGCACCCUGGACAUCGGGCUGCCGGCGACGUAGGAGCUGGAUGUGGCAGCUCUGCUUGCCGUUUGCCUGUGAGACGGGGCAGGGGCUCCGCUUCCUCAGCCCCAGAGGCGAGCCAGGCAGGGUAGACGACUGUCUCGUGGCAGUUUUGGGUAUUGAAUAUGGUAAGUGGAGGAAAUGUUGGAAUUGUUUUCCAGAGUCUCUGCAGGUGCUGCCUUGAGACCCCCAAGCCUCCACCUGUCCCUGUCCUCUGUGGCAGCUGGACAGCAGCUGAGAUGCGGGCUUGUGUGCUGCCCACAUACAUGAAGGGGGCCAACAGUGAGCCCCUCCUCUGCGAGGCCUGGAUGAGACUUUUCCCACCAGCUCCCAGCAGAGGCCUCCGCCGGCUAGGACCACCUCGUCCUCAUGGCAGGGUGGCAGGAGCGGUAGAAAGGGCUCCGAGGAGGCCUUGAAGGGAAGCCACUGAAUUAUAACAAGAAAGUCGCCGUUCUUCCUUCUUGGCUGGGGGCUCCUGUUUCAUCCUAGCUUUUUCUGGAAAGGCUGCUAGAAGGUUUGGGAAUGAGGGGAAAGUUCUUAGAACUGUUGCUGCUCCCCACAUGCCUCCACUGUGGGUGAUGUCAGCAGCUCUGAGAUAGAAGCGUCACCAGCCAGAUGUUGUUCCUGGCUAGAUGUUUACAUUUGUAAGAAAUAACACUGUGAAUGUAAAAUUUGGAGCCAUUCCCCUGAGAAUGCAUACUGCUGGGCUCAAUGUGGAGCUGGAUUGUCCGCCUCUUGUUUACGUUGUGAUCUAGAACACUCCUUAGCAAGGGGUUCAGAACACCCCGCUCUGGCAGUAGGUGUCCCCCACCCCCCAAGACCUGCCUGUGUGCUCUGGAGAUGAAUAUGAGCUCACUAGUAAAUUGACUAUACCCAUGUAUAAGUGAAGUGCACGUGCAUAUAGACAUAUCUGUAAUUUUAUACACACACGUCUCAAGACAGAUGCAUGGCCUCUAAGAGUGCCCGUGUCGGUUCUUCCUGGAAACAGACUUUCCUGAGACCUGCCAGGUAAAGUUAGCUGCGUGACGGACAUCCAGGCGUGGGACUCAGUCAGAGUAGGGCUCAUUCAUUGGUCACUAGGAUCCCGCUGGAGGAAAUGGUCUCCGUAUCAACUCUAUGCAGAAGCGAGGGAGACUAUCACAUUCCUAAGAGUCUAUGGCAAGCACCAAUCAUAUUAUUCACAUUUCUUUGAAAAUGUUAUUUAUUUGGUUGUCAAGUUUUGGUGGUGGACUGUGGGGAGAUUGCUUUUGUUUUCCUGCUGGUAAUAUCAGGAGAGAUUUUAAUGAAACCAGGGUAGAAUUGUUUGGCAAUGCACUGAAGCGUGUUUCUUUCCCAAAAUGUGCCUCCCUUCCUCUGCGGGCCUGGCUGAGUCUAUGUAGGUGACGUUUCCAGCUGCCAAGUGCCCUUUGUUAUCGUUUACCCUCAUUUCUGCCAGCACGUGUGUCUUUUCAGGAGGAAAGUGUGAAGCUCAAACCCCUCCAGACACCCAGAAUGUAGCAUCUGUGAAGGCCCCGUGCCCUAAAGGACACCCCUCACCCCGCCCUUCAUGGAGGGGUCGUUUCAGAGCCCUCGGAGCCAGUGAACAGCUCCUCCUCUUGGAGCUGAGAUGAGCCCCGUGUGAAGCUCUGGAUGGAUUGUAAACAGCAAUAACUCGGUUUGUGGCCGCCUGGCAGGUAGACCUCCCCGCAUUGCGGGGCAGAGUGAGGUUAGUUCUGUGUGUCUCGGGGGUGGAGUCAGCCUCCUCUUGCUACCUGUGAGUGUCCUUCCCAGCAGACAUCCUCACCGGCCUUCAUCCCUCCCUCCCUUCCCCACUCUGCGGGGAGCACCCGGGACCACAGUUGCUGGCCAGGGUAGACUGGAGCUGUCCUCCAGGGGGCCGUGUGUGGGAGUGAGAGGAAGGAAGACCUCGAAGCUGCCAAGGCACCUAGGAGAGCUCCCGAUGGCUCAGACGAGAAGAGGACGCUCGCUCGCCUGUCCUGGUCCUGGGAGGAGGGAGCCCCCAGAGCGCCAUAUGACAGCGGAAGGCAACCUGGAAGGCCCGGGGGCCACCCUUCUCCCGGGUGCCGCCACGCUCUGGUGCAGUCGAAGGAAGACCUUUCUCUGAGUUAUUUCCGGGAGCACAGUCUCCCGCGGCAGUCUGGGUGGUGACUGCCAGCCUUGGAGGAUCAUGGCCAGCAGGGACCUGCCUAUGGAGGGUGGGCACUGGCCCAAGGGGCCUCCUGUCCAAGUCUCCCUGCUUCGCACUGUGGCCAGAGGGAGUGUCAGCUGAGCGCGAGCUCCCCUGGAGCCAGCAGGGCUGUGAUGGGCCAGUCCCGGAGCUCCACCCGGACCUGACUGUGUCUGAGAGCAAGGGGAAGGACUGACGAGAGAUGUAUAUUGAAUUUUUUUAACUGCUGCAAACAUUGUACAUCCAAAUUAAAGGGAAAAAAUUAAACCA